AUUAUGUAAAUGUAAAUUUAAAAAAAAUAUAGCCAAGAUAAAAUGAAAACCUCUAAUUUCCCAAUGAAGAUUAUUCUAGUUUUUGCAGUAUACCUAAUCAAAUAUUCAAUGGAAUUAGAUUAUUCGAAAAUACAGGGAUUUAAUACUAAUAUGGAAGAAGCUACACAAUUCCUUCGUGAAUGGGAAAAUGAAGCAGUAGCCUCGUGCAAUAGAGUGGCAAUGGCACAGUGGACAUACGCAACAAAUAUAACGGAAUACAAUAAAAAGCAAAUGAUAGAUGAACAAAAAUUGAAUUCAAAGUUCAACAGAGUAUCUUGGAGAAAAGCUUCUGAUUUCAUGUGGACUCGUAUAUCUGAUCCUAUUAUACAAAGACAACUCAAAAUUUUGGCACUGAAAGGCCAAUCAAAUAUACCAGAUUCAAAACUAAAUCAGAUGCAUUCAAUUUUAAAUGAAAUGAAAGAUAUUUAUGCUAAAGCGAAAAUAUGUCCAUUCAAUUAUAGAUUGACAUCGUAUUGUGAACUAAGUCUUGAACCAGAUUUAGUAAGAGUAAUGGCUAACUCAAGAGAUUUUGAAGAACUAUUGUAUACCUGGCGUUCAUGGAGAGAUAAUAUUGGACAUGAGAUUCGACCUAAAUACAUAAAAUACAUGGAAUUGGUUAACGAAGCUGCAAUAUCAAUAGGGUUUGAAGACGCAGGUCAGCAACAAAUUGCAAUGUAUGAAGAUGCAAAUUUUAAAGCAAAACUUGACAAUUUGUGGACAGCCAUAGAGCCGAUUUAUAAACAUCUUCACUCUUACGUACGGCGAAAAUUAGUUUCUCACUAUGGUAAACGCAGGGUUCGAGUCGAUGGACCAAUUCCAGCACAUUUACUAGGUAACAUGUGGGCACAGAACUGGAAAAAUAUAAUAGACUUAGUGAUUCCAUUUCCGAAGAAAAGACGUAUUGAUGUUUCCGGUGAAAUGUUACGUCAAGGAUACACGCCUUUAAAGAUGUUUCAAAUUUCUGAAGAAUUUUUCACAUCACUUGGAUUGAAAGCGAUGCCAGUGGAAUUUUGGCAUAAUUCAAUUUUGGAAAAGCCAACAAAUAGGCCAGUAUCGUGCAAAGCAUCUGCUUGGGAUUUUUGUAAUAAAUAUGAUUACAGAAUAAAACAAUGCACUGAAGUUACAAUGGAUGAUCUGUUCUCGACACAUCAUGAAAUGGCUCAUAUUCAAUAUUAUCUCCAUUAUUCUGAUCAGCCACUGAUGUUUAAAGAAGGAGCGAAUCCUGGCUUUCACGAAGCUUUGAGUGACGCAGUUAUUCUUUCUGUCUCCACACCACGGCAUUUGCACAGGAUUGGACUAUUAAAUAACAUAACUGACGAUUAUGAAGAUCAAAUAGACUUCUUAAUGGAAAUGGCUUUAGACAAAAUUGCUUAUCUACCUUUUGCCUAUUCAGUUGAUUUGUGGCGAUGGAGUGUUUUUUCAAAAGGCAUACAAAAUUUAAAUGCUCGUUGGUGGGAUUUAAAAUUAUUGUAUCAAGGAAUCAUUCCACCGAUAGCCAGGGAUGAAAACGAUUUUGAUCCAAGUUCUAAGUAUCAUGUGAUUGCUGAUACUCCUUAUAUAAAAUUUUUCAUUAGUAUAAUACUUCAGUUUCAAAUACACGAAGCCUUGUGUACAGCAGCAGGACAUAUUGGUCCAUUACAUACUUGUGACAUAUACCGCUCAAGAGAGGCUGGUCGGAUAUUAAGUGAAAUAAUGUCAAUGGGUUAUUCAAAACCAUGGCCACAAGUUAUUAAAAUCCUUACUGGAGGAAGAACGAGUGAAAUUGAUGCACGGCCACUGAUUGAAUAUUUUAAACCACUCACGCACUGGUUAAUUAAUGAAAAUAAAGCGGAACGAAUAGGAUGGUCUAGAUUAAAUGAAGACAUAGCACUAUUCGAGCCCUUGUCGAAGGCUAGCAAUUGCGAUUCAGUCGACAAAUACUUAAUUAUAUUCGUGAUUUUUAAUAUAGUAAAAAAUGUAUACCAUUAA